UUUUCGGUCUGUGGCAAAUUCAUUACUCUUUCUUAUGAUCAUCAAGUACAAAUUCAUAAUAUGUGGCAAUCAGACAUUGGUUUGCUCAUCUUAAUCCGAUUGUUAAACAUCAAAAGACAAUACCCACUAAUGAUUCUGUGAAACAAUGAAUGAAUGACUGAUGUAAUCAAUGUAAAUGUAACACUAUGAACAUCACCCACGUCACUGUCACUGUCACUGUCCCUGUGUCUUUUUUGACUCUAUAUUCCUCUUCCUUGUGAAGGGGUUUAGUCUAACCACGAGACCAAGACCUCAAUUUACACACAGAGACAUAAGUCGGUCCAUUCCACAAGUCUAUCUCCAAUAUGCCCCACUUUUCCUCCUCCAAGUAUGUGAUGGGUCCAAUAGACUCAAGUUUAUUGGUUUUGAAGUUUCCUAAAACCCAGCAGGAAGGUCAUUGAGAAGUUGCCUGAACGGCUAUGGAGAUGGUAUAUGUAUGCCCAUUAAACUCCACCCUACACAGCUAUGUUAACAAGUCGUUUUGAGUUACCUUGUCGUCUCCAAUCAAUGUCUGGUUCUAAUUCGUGGCCGCCACAUUCACCUGAGAAUGAGAAUGCCAAGUUUGAACUCUCAGAUCAGUAUUUCAUUGAUGACUGGCUAGAGAAAGAUCCGCCAACCUUUGUACUUUCAGGCUCUCCUGGUCAGAACCUGCAACUUUAUGAUGCAAGUGUAAAUGAAUCAGGGGGAACAAGUAGUCAACAAGAAGAACCAAGUAGUGAGUAUAUGUGUUUUGACUAUGUGCUAUUAGGAGAGAAGAAGGAAGCUAACGAAAGAUUUGCAUUCAAAACAAAAUCGGAAGUUGAAGUACUGGAUGAUGGUUUCAAGUGGAGAAAAUAUGGGAAGAAGAUGGUGAAGAACAGCCCAAACCCACGGAAUUACUUCAGGUGCUCUGUGGAAGGCUGCCCUGUGAAGAAGAGGGUUGAAAGAGAUCGAGAGGAUCCAAGAUAUGUUAUAACAACCUAUGAGGGCGCUCAUAACCAUCAAAGCUCAUCUUGACUCUGAAACUUUACCGGUGUGGGUUAGCAGAGUAAUUGUGAUGUUGCACGGCAUUACUGGUUAAAUAUAUGCUUAAUUUUGAGUUAAACCCUUCUACUAUAAGCUGACAUGCAUUUGGGAUAUUAUAUAUAUAUAUAUAUAUAUAUAUCCGUUACUUAAGAAGUUACUAUAAUCUAGAUUAGAGAGGAUUUUGCGAACUCCACAUAUUUAUCACAAGGUUUUGUAUAAAAGCAAUCAUUUGAUAUCUGAAAUACCCUUUUCUUGCUGCUAA